AUGUGCAUUCAACGUUUAUCAAGUUCGCGUGUGGCAAACUAAACUCGUAAUCAGUUGUGGUCUUGUAAUACUCAUGUAACUUGGCGUGUAUUUUUGUGAAAAUAAUUGAUGAAUCGAAAAUACCUAAUAUUUGCAAAAUAAUAUCAACUUUUUUUGAUGAAAAAAAGUAAAAUAACUGCUAAAACGAUUAGUUAUUUCACUUUAAGUUCAAUGUUGUGGUCAUAGCAUCGAGAUUUUUAGAUUGUUAUUUGUUCGAAUAAUAUUAUUUGGUCUUCAUAAUUGAAAUUUUUCUCCGUCAUCAUGUUGAGCCGAAAUUUAUCCAAACAAGUUUUUAAUUUAUCUAAAAAAAUACUUCCGAACUGUACAACUCGAAAUUUGAGUGUCCCUGCACCUUUGACCAGUUUCACAGAAGAAGAGGAUGCUUUAAGAGAUCAAGUUUCGAAAAUAUCCAGAGAAACUAUUGCACCAUAUAUCAAACAAAUGGAAACAGAAGGCAGAAUAGUGGAACCGGUGUUGAAUUCUCUGUUUGAGAAUGGUCUGAUGGGUAUCGAAGUUCCCGAAGAGUACGGUGGCUGUAAAGGUUCUUUUACUAAAUCUGUAAUCACUAUCGAAGAAGUAGCGAAAGUGGAUGCUGCUGUAUCGGUUUUAGUCGAUGUUCAUGCAACCGUAGUAGCCAAAUUUUUCGCAUCUUUCGCGUCUAAAGAACAACAGGAGGAGUAUUUACCAAAAUUGGCUACGUCGUGGCCUGGAAGUUUUUGUUUAUCUGAACCAAGCUCGGGAUCGGAUGCUUUUGCAUUGAAAACUACCGCAACAAAAGUAGGCAAUAAAUAUGUUCUAAAUGGAACGAAAAUGUGGAUAUCCAAUUCCGAUAUUGCUAAAGUGUUCAUUGUCAUGGCCAAUGUAGAUCCUGAAAAGGGCUAUAAAGGUAUUACUUCAUUUAUUGUGAGGAGAGAUAACCCCGGACUUACUGUCGGAAAAAAAGAAAAUAAACUAGGAAUAAAAGCAUCUGGUACUUGUAUGCUUCAUUUUGAUAAUUGCGAGGUAGACGAGAAAGAUUUAUUGGGUGAAAUUGGUCAAGCGUACAAAUAUUCCAUUAAUUUACUGAAUCAAGGGAGAGUUGGUAUUGGAGCUCAAAUGAUAGGUAUAGCUCAAGCUUCUCUCGAUGCUACAAUACCAUAUUUAUUCGAUAGGAAACAAUUCAAUCAAACGCUGUUUUCAUUCCAGGGAGUGCAACAUCAAGUAUCUCGAUUGGUUACCGAAGUCGAAACUGCUAGAUUAUUAGUGUACAACGCAGCUAGAAAAUUAGAUGCUCAGCUGCCAUGCAUCAAAGAGGCAGCCAUGGCUAAAUAUUAUGCUGCGGAAACUGCUGGUAAAGUUACCUCACAAUGCAUUGAUCUCAUGGGUGGAGUAGGAUUCACGAAAGAUUUCCCUCAAGAAAAGUAUUAUAGAGAUGCCAAGGUUGGAACUAUUUACGAAGGAGCUACCAACGUUUUGUUAAAUACGAUCGCGAAAAGUAUUCAAAAAGAGUACGGAAGUUGGUGAUCAAACGUGUUAUGUGUUUAAUGUUAUCACUGAAAAAAUAAAGUACUGGAAGCCAUGGAUAGGUACCAACCGAUUAAUUUAAAUUAUUUUUGAUACAAGGAUAAGGAAACGGAGGGUUAAAAUUGAAAAAAAUGCAGUGGAUUGUGAAGUUAUCCUUAUCACCUCCUCUUUCUUUCCCUCAAACAUAAUAAAUAAAUGUACCUAAAUGAUGUACGAGUGAAUGUACUUUUUGUACCUAUUUUUGUUUCAUUCAACUCUAUCUCAAAUGUGUGAUUUUUACUUUGUAUUCGUAGUUAAGUACCUUGGUAAAUAUAUAUUUUGUUGCUGUUUUUUAAAAAAUAAAUUUAAGAUUUUUGUUUACCUA